CCAAAGAGUAGAGUAAUUGACAUUUGAUUGUAAAAAAAAAUGUUAAUUGUAAUUUCUUUUUUGUUUGUUUGUUUUUUUUUGUGAUUUGUAUCGAAUUUGUUAUCAUUUCAUAAAUUGUAAUUAUAUAGUGGUUUCGGAAAAUGUAAAAAUUAAUAUUUGGUGUGCAAUGGGAAAGCAUAAAGAAUGGCGAAAAAUCGUAAAAAGAGAAAGAAGAAGGAAAGUUAGAACUCAAAAGGCAAAAGAAAGAGAUUUCAAACUUUUUAAUUCUGAUGACCAAGAACUGCUCAAAGAACAAGAACUUUUAGAGUUGUAUGAAAUUGAGGAAAUUGAAAAACAAAACAAUAUUGAAAAUGAAAAAUGGUUGCAAGCAGAAGUAAUAGCGAUGGAACAAUGGAAGAAAAUUGUAAUGAAAAGAGAGAUGUUACGACAAAAACAUAUUGAACAGCAAGCUAAACUGAAACUUGAAUGGGAAAUGGAGAAAGAAAAACUUGAAAAAGAGAAGGAGAGAUUAAAGAAGAUAGAAGAAGAAAACAGACAACGACAGGAAACAUUUAUGAACAAUCUAGAAAAGUUCAUAAAUGGAGAUUCAUCAAAGUUACCUGAAGAAUUGGCUGUUUUGUAUGAAACAAAACCUGAAUGUGAUGUAUGUCCAUUUUUUGUGAAGACUGGUUGUUGCCGCUUUGGUGAUGAAUGCUCUAGAAAUCAUAAAUACCCAGGCAUAAGUAAAGUUUUACUUGCAGAAAAUAUGUUUGGUCAUUUUGGAUUAGAGAAUGCCAACUCUAAUGAAUAUGAUACUGAUAUAAUGUUGGAAUAUGAAGAUAGUGAUACUUAUAAAGACUUCAAAAAUUUCUUCUAUGACAUACUACCAGAAUUUCAAAAGUUUGGUAAAGUUGUUCAAUUAAAGGUAUGCAAUAACUUUGAGAAGCAUCUGCGUGGGAACACAUAUAUAGAGUAUGCAGAUAUUCACAGUGCUGUGGCAGCUUAUCGUGCUCUCCACACAAGGUGGUAUGGUGGCAAGCAGCUUUCACUGCAAUUCUGUCAGAUUAUGUCAUGGAACAAUGCUAUUUGUGGACUGCAGUCUCGUCGGCGCUGUCCUAAAGGUCGCACAUGUAACUUCCUACAUGUGUUCAGAAAUCCCAUGAAGCUGUCCUAUGAUGAGACUCGUCAAACUGAAAGAAAAGAACGAACACCGCGAUCCUGGCGUUGGUCAGAAUCACCAGAAAGGACUCCAAAAAAUGUUUCCCCAAAACGCUCAUCACCCAAACGCACAGACAGAGACAAAGAACGAUACUAUAGGCAUAGGGACAGAAGAAGACAUGAACAUUCGCACCAUUCAAGAUCUCGUCGCGAAAGAUUUUAAUGAAAUAAAAUUAUGCUUAAUACGAA